CGCAUGGGCCAUGCCACGCGGAGCGACCACGGUCGAGCUUCAAUCUGCUCGAGACCAAUCCUUGUGGUCAUCGCCGUCGCCUUCAGCAGGCUAUGCGAGUGACACCACCCGCAGCGUCAGACAAUGCUCCGUCAGACAUUGAAGACGGCAGGAGACUGAGAUCCACGCAUCUCGGCAUCGUUCAUGGUGGCCACCACUCGUUUCGUUCCAUUCGUCAUUGGCAGUCGCGGGACAGACAAAGAUGCCAAGUCGCCGCAUCCCCACGAACGGCUGUUAUCGACGCAAGCGGCGACUUGGUGCCAGCGCCGCGCGAGCGAUGGGUCUCAGCUGCGAGCAGCAUGUUCUGAUCAGCCGCAGGGGAACUCGCGGCUGGUUGUGAGCCAAUGCGGUCGCCAUGUGUUUCGCGGCUCGAUGCUCACUCAUGCUGAUGAUGGUGGCCUGCUCACGUGGUCGUCGCCAUUAUCGCCAAGGCCGUUCCCCCCAUCGGGGUCUAUGCGUACGACUCCGUCGUCGUCAUUGUCACCGUCUCCCUCUUCUCUCCCACUCAGCUCGACUUCAGGCACUCUUUUUGGCCGCCGCAUCUGCUCGCUCAUCCGCGCCGAGCCUCUUUUGCCUCCCACGGAGGGAGGGGGCCCAGGGCCGCACUCGGAGGUCUUGGACUGUGAACCCUCAUCGCUCAAAACUGAGACCCGAGAGACAAACAACAAGUCGGAGAAUGCGCAACGAAAAGUCGUCGCCGCGACUCUGCGAGUGAGCCGGUGGCAAUGAAUCUAUGCGUGAAGCCCGCCCUUUGAAGUGCGAGGGAAAUUGUGAAGCUCGCAAGCGGACGCAGGCACAAAAGAGCGACGGGCGACGGGGCCUGGCCUGCGCUGAGCGUGGAAGUGUGCGCCCGAGCGAAAACGGGUCA